AUGGCGCCUGAAGGGUUCAAAUUCGAACGGCUUUGCGAGCUCUUUGACAAGCUCGACGGAGCUCGAAAAGAGAAGGUGCUAACCUCAAAUCGCAAUGUGGACCUUGACCACAAAUACACUACAACAUGGUUCAACAAAUAUGGCCGGGAGAUCGCUCGGCAUGGACCAUCAGCAGUUGCAUUCUUAUCAUGUAUCCUUCCUGAGCGCCUGCCGCAGCGCACUUAUGGCAUGCGAGAAGUCAGGCUAGUUAAAGUCUUAGCCAGGAUAUGGAACUUGCCAAACAGGUGUAUCAAGCCUCUGCAAGAAUGGAAGACUGCGAAGAUCGACUUCGCCACCGUCGUCGAGCAAGUAAUGGCAGAGUUCGACGUCUAUGUGGCUCCAGAAAGCCCAGUCACUUUGGAGGAGAUUGAUCAUGCUUUUCUUCAGCUCGCUGCCAAUUCGGGCUAUUCGUCGCCUGAAAUCAGUAAACAGCAGAACAGCAGUCACUCACACGACAUACUGUUUCCCAUCGUGAGGCGACUGCGGAGCCAUCAGCUGAAAUGGCUUGUCCGCAUGAUGUUGAAAGACUACAGCCCUAUACAAAUACCUGAGCGGACGGUCCUCCGAUGUUUCCACUUCCUCCUCCCUGAGCUCCUAGCGGUACAGAACUCAAUCGAUGCAGCGGUUGCGGUUCUGGGACAUACACAGCUCAAGUCGCUUCCACCAAGCCCUGAGCCGGAUUACGUGCCUGUUUUGCUCGGACUCUGCGCACAAUACCUCGCACCCAAGCUUGGAAACAUGAUCACGCGGACGCCUUAUGUCAAGGCGAGAAGCAUCAAGCACUGCUGCCAUGAGGUGCGUGGAAGAAGCAUGAGCGUGGAACGGAAAUAUGAUGGCGAGUAUUGUCAGAUCCACAUCGAUCUAUCAGAUGCCCGAGAUCCAAUCAAGAUCUUCUCAAAGAGCGGCAAAGAUUCCACAAAUGACCGUGUGCGACUUCAUGGCGCCGUCAAAGCGGGUCUCAGAAUAGGCGAACCUGAAUGUGCCUUCUCCAAAAAUUGUAUCGUUGAGGGCGAGCUUCUGGUGUAUAGCCGGUCAAAGAAAGAUAUACUGCCGUUCCAUACCAUCCGAAAGCACGUCAUGCACGGUGGGAGGUUCCUUGGAGUUGCAGAGGAUUCACCCCGCAAACCCGACGAGCAGCUCAUGUUUGUCUUCUACGACGUCUUGCUCCUUGACGAUGAAGCUUUGACCAAUAAACCUCAGUGUCAACGGCGAAAACAGCUCGAACGUAUAGUACGUUACAUUGAGGGAGAGGCCGAGCUUGGCUACCAACGAACCAUCAAUUUUGGGACUACUCACGCAAAGGAAGAGUUGCGGAACUUCUUCGUCCACGCUAUCAAUCAGAGAUGGGAAGGCUUUGUGCUGAAGGGCUGCAACGAUCCAUACUUCUCCUGGGACAAAUCGAAGAGUGUCAUCAAGCUCAAGAAAGACUAUAUCAAAGGAUGUGGCGACACCGUUGACCUCUGCAUCAUUGGUGGCCGACGUGAUCAAACCGUUGUCGAGGAGCUUGGAAUGGGUUCGCUCUCAUGGACGACGUUCUACAUUGCCUGUCUCGAAAACAAGGAGGAGGUUAGAAGAUUCGAUGCCACACCCAUAUUUCGAGUUUUGGACACCGUCUCCCCGCCCGGCAUCUCGAAAGACGAGAUCCGCCACCUGAAUGCCCACGGCAAAUACCUGGAAGUACCGUUCGCAAGUUCAACCGACCAUCUCGACAUGCGGACAGAACAGACAGAGAUGCCGAUGCCAUCUGAACUAUUCAAGAAGCCCUUCGUCGUUGAGGUGAUGGGUGCUGGGUAUGAGAGACCGCAGAACGCCAGAUACUUUGUGCCGCGUUUCCCUCGAGUGAGCAUCAAGUUGCACACGGAUAGGUCAAUCUUGGAGACAAGUUCUUUUGAAGAAUUGCAGGAGCAGGCAAAGAAGAGCAUGGAAGUUGCCUGGGAUCAGGAAGAGCAAGAUGAAGUCGACUGGGUCCAGCGUCUGAUCGCAGCUGACGGCAAGAACGCUCCCCACGAAUCAGACGCUCAGAGUACACCAAGUCGUGCCCAGACCACUCCUCGCAGUUUGGGCGGUGGACAUUCUCAGAGCACUGCGAGUCCUUCGCUACACAGUCGUGGUCAGAUCGACCAGUACCCGUCUCACGAUAAUGCCACGCCCUCAAUAAUGCAUCGAGCUGUGAUUGUGAACCCGCAGUCGGUGAGCAACGCAAGCCCGACUCCGCAGACUCCGGGCGCCCUGGUGGACCACUAUUUGCGGACCGCCGAUGCACCUUGCCAGAAGAGGGAUCAACAAGUCGUUCCCCUCGACAGUGUCUCCACAUCGAUUGUGAAUCCAGAGUCUGUGAGCACAGCGACUCCGACCCCUGGUGCUAUCUUCGACCAGCGCUUCCAUACCAACGUGACACCUUGCCGGAGCAGUCCCGUUUUUAUUGUUAUAGAAGAUACUCCGAGCACAGCAAGUCCUUCAAGAAGCACCCAUUGUGCCCUGUCGCCUUUGGGUAGACCUAUUGACAGACUCGACGCAUCUGGAAAGAAUGGCAACCAGAAUCUCGUCGCGGCGGAGCAGUCUAUAGCAGGCCGGGAGGCGAUGAAUGCUGGGCACUCAAAGGCAAAAUCUCCCAUCAAGAGCACGUCGAAGCGGAAGGUUGCAGAUACUACUGUGGUUCGUGAAGCAGGCCCUAACAGAAACCGACAGAGAAUGUGGGCACCGGCGGAUGAUAGAGACAACACUGCAUCUCAGGCAGCAUCCAAGCGGGGGUUGACAGACACCACAUUUGCCACAGACGCAGUCCCGACUACUAAACGCCAGCGGACGAGCGCUCCAGCUGAUAGUAACGGCAGUGCGACCUCAAAAGAUGUUUCGAAGCUGACACUGCUUGCCGAAACAGUUUCAAGCAGCAGACAACAAAAGACAUUUACCUCCCCUAUUGAUGAAAGCCUUGCUGGAGCUUCUGGUCCAAUUCGAACUGCUACCUUUGUGCAUAUGAGAAAGCCACCGAUGCCUGCCACCACUUCGACGACGAAUGUGCAAUCAAGUACAUAUUUCCGUGCUGUGCCUCUUAUGUCAGACUUCGAGACGCCUGUUCCAGCGCGCCCAGUGCAGCCACAGUCCUCUCUACCCAGGUCCUCGAACAGGCUCCCGCCCUUUGAACCGGCAGCGGUGUUCCGAACACCUACAAAGCCUACCGCCAAGACAAAGCUGGUCAGCCACCUUGUCAAUGUUAUGCCGCCCCGCCGAGAACGACAUCCGCUUUCUCAAGUGUCGACGCUUUCAUCUCAACGAGGACUUAAGAAGUUGCCCGUUGAUCUGACGGAGGCUGAGGCGUCCAACAAAGAGAAUUCGAGCCGGACGGAGUCAUUAAUACAGUCUGGCCGUGGCAGUGCAAGGGAUGUUUCGAAGAGAAAGGCUCUCGCCCAGAAGAUCUCUGGCAGCCGUCGUGGACCAAACCCACCUGGAGGUGACCAUUCCAGCAGGCUAUCAAAGAGAGGCAAUCUGCAACCCGAGAAUACUCAAUUUCCACGAAAGCCUCCAAAUUCUUCUGCGCACGGCAAUGCUGGCAGUGGCUCUUGCGAUGACACUAUCUACAAGCUCGACCUUUCUGUAGACGACUUCGCCAAGAAAGUCCUCAGCGCAUACUGCAUCCCCAUUGAGGAGGAGAAAUCUCGUCUUAGCAUCGUCAUGACUGAGUCUGCCGGUCUCAAGCAGCCAUUGGUAGAGUCUUUGUUGUUUGUCCGAUUAGUCGAUCAUUCGCGGCCUGCUGAAACUUCCAGAGAUAUUCAGCAAGUUGGCAGACGAGUUCUCGAACUACGCAGAGAACUGAUGGGUCGAUUGGCUAGGCAACUGACGCAUGAGAGAGCAAUCUCAUCUACGGGAAAACAGCAGAAGCUGGUAAUGUUUUACGACAAAGGAGCCCGGCCAUUCCUACCUGCAGAGGACAGCACUUGCAAAUGUGAUGGCUUGAAGACCUGUCAAUCUUGUUUGAAGCUUCUGGACCCGGUCCUACGAUUGCACUUUGUCGGAGCUUUGGUCUUUGCUUCCUGCGGCGAUAUCUGCUCACCACUGACGCGUGAGAAAGGUGCGACCACACUCCAUGACGCGCCUGAACAACCUGCUCCAGGUCAAGAAAAUCAAGACGACAACCCUCUGGUGGCGGACGUGGUUUGGGACUGGCAAGAAGCCAUCAACAUCCUCCCGAAGUUGUUGAACAAAGGCUCAUUUUACUGCGGUGAUGAUCCGAGGCUCCGGAGUACAGUCCAUUUGGCCGAAGGCAUACUUGGGAUUGCAGGAAUAUCUGGGAGACGGAGCAAACAAACAUCUGGGAGCGAGAGUGAAGAAAAAUCCGGACGACAAAGGGGAGGCAUAUCUGGGAGAGAAGGGGACGGAAUAUCUCGGAGAAAGGACGAAGGAAUAUCUGGAGGAACACUAUCUUGGACCGCCAUCUUGAAUCUGGGGUGACCGACAUAUUUGGACUGAUACCGGUUCGAUGUGCUUCUGGAUGAACUGGAACAUUGACUGUUUGUACUGCAGAAUUGCAAUUUUGAGACACAGCGGACAUGACAGUGAUGGACUUUGGGAAAGCCGAAUCCUCUGGAGGUUGCACGCAUUCGUGCUUAAAUGAGCGAUUGGAUUCGGCCGGCCUGGACUCGAACAGGACUCGAACAGGCUGUCGGCUGAUCAAGGCUCUGGCUCUUACUUUGGGGCCUUUACUUAGAUCUCUGCCCACGCACAUUUGAAUAUUCAUAAGUCAC